AUGGAGGGCCAUCUCUACUCCCUGGACGAACAGCUGGCCAGCAUCGAGCGAGAGUGCGGCUGCCCGCGGCCCAAGCACCGGCGCUUGGCACCAGAGGGACUGCGACGAUCCAGCUCAGGGAAAGUUCUGGUGGAUUUGGCAGCAACUACAGCGAGUGCGGCUGUAGCCCGCUCCAAGAUGCGAUUUCAUAUUCGUUGGCAGCUACAAGCGUGGAGGAAGAAGAGGAAGUUGCAGCCGGCGGGGAGGAGGGCCUUGGCUGUCCUACAUGUGUCUCCGCGUUAUGGCAAGGUAGAUGCCAAGCUCCUGGGCUUGCAGCGGUCGAGGAACAUGAAGCAGAAAAUCGCUGAAGGCCGGUACACUCAUACAUGGGGUCAGUUUAAGCAAGACCAAUAUCGACUCUCCAUGCAAACACCACCCGAGACGAAAGCAACUAAUUUGGAACGCUUGACGUUGGUUGCCUGGGAGGGUCGCAAAGAGAGGGGGCAGCCGGCCUCAUAUUCUCGUCCAGACGGCUCAACAAAAUCGCUGCGUCUCACAUUCUGGGCCGCCACGGGGUCGAUUGAUUCCUUGUUCGCUUGGUGCCAGUGGUUUGGUUCGGCGCCUAGCUCUCAACCGCAGCAGCCUUACCCAGUUUUCAUCCCGACCAAAGGGCGCGCCAAAGAUGCUCACCUGAACUGGCGAGCUGCGCACUGCUUUGGUCAGGAGGCAUUCCAGGAAGCCGACGAGCAAACUCCCCGCGCCUUAGUCAUAGCAGUUGUGGAGCCUGCCGAAGCAACAGAAUACCGUGAAAAAUGGGCAGACUUGCCCCUCCUCGUGCUGCCUGAGAAUGACAUGGGUCCUGCCUUUGUGCGCUGGUGUGUCCAGAAGACAGCGUCAGCCUUUCGCACAGAGCUUGCUGAUGCCGAUGAGCUGGGGCCUGUGCGACAGAUGCAGCAGUGCUGGCUGGUUGACGACAGCAUUACGAGCUUCUACAGGCUAGAUCCGCUGUCUGCCAAGCUGCUCCAGGCAGAGGAGGAGCGGCUCCUGGACCGCGGCGCGCUUGUACCGUCAACUCCGCUGUCCAAGCCUGCGGGGCGCAGGAAAGAGCGACGCUGCAGGGGUGCCAUGUUUGCUGAAGCAAUGCUUGCAGUUCAGCAGCAGGCAUCCCAAGGAGCCUGCGCAAUUUGUGGUUUCCUGCGAGAUGACGGCACAGCUCCCAUGAAGUCUGCGCAGUGGGCUCUUGACAGCACCUCUGUGUUCAAAGUUGUUCUCCUAAAUCUCGCAGAGCUUGCCAAACUUCAAGUAGAGUACAUCCCGCAACUGCGUUUGUUUGAGGAUGUGUGCCUCAAUGUGCAGGCAAGAAAUGCUGGAGGAAGGAUCCUUAAGUGCAUGAAUUACUGCUACUGGGCAGACAACAAGACCUUUGGCGGCUGUUCCGCGCAGCGUGCGCAAAAAGCUGCAGCCCCACGUUGCACCGGGCUGGAGGAUCUCAUUGCUGCCCAGGCUUUCAUGGAGCUCCCGGCCGCUACAAAGACGGCAGUACAGCAUGUUUACAGCUGGGUGCACCGAGACGAGGAGCGGUCACGACUGCGGAAGGAGGAGCGCGGCAUGCCAGCUCCGCUGCCGGCGCCAGACACAACUCUGCCGUUGGAGGCUGAGGGUAUGGAGGGCAGUGUCUGCUUGCUCGACGAGCACCUCUUCGACCCCUUCCAGGAUCUGACCCUGGCUACUUCAAAAGACGCUCAGGAAGCACAUCAAGCGACUGCAGGUCCAGCAAUUGCAGAGCACCGUUGGCGCAUGUUUCUAAAGCCAUCUGCAAGAGAGCAGCCCAUAGAGGUAGACCUAGACACUGAGGUUGUAGACCUGGAUUAG